ACAUCACAUCACUGCAGCAGGACCGUGAAGGCAGCAUCAGAGGAGAGCGGGCGGCAGCUGGAGCUCACUUGUUCCUCCUCGGCAGAGCCAAAGAGGCGCGCGUGCCUGUGUCCUCUUUAAGGAUACUUUACCCUGAAAGGACAUCACAGCAACGUCUGCAAAAGGCAGUUUUACACCCUGUCGAUAGCGGGGGAGAAGGACAACUUUUGAGAAUUUUUCUUUGAAAUUCUUACAUUUAACGUCAUCCCGCUUAACCUUGGAAGUCACACCUGAUAGUUGUAGUGCAAGGAUGGGACCGCUGCUGCUUGUCAUCGCGUUGUGUUUGGGUGCCGCUGUCCCGCGCCAUGUGGAAGCAGCAGAUGGUGAAGAAGCAACCUCCGCAGGCCCUUGUCAUCCAAACCCCUGCCACAACAGAGGAAUGUGUGAGAUCAGCGAGACCUACAGAGGCGAUACAUUCAUUGGUUACGUGUGCAAGUGUCCGCCAGGCUUCAGUGGAGUUCACUGCCAGCGCAAUGUUAAUGAAUGUGAAAGAGAACCAUGUAAGAAUGGAGGCCUUUGCACCGAUCUGGUUGCCAAUUAUUCCUGUUCAUGCCCAGGGGAGUACAUGGGGAGAAACUGUCAAUACAAAUGCUCUGGACCACUGGGCAUGGAGGGUGGUAUUAUCUCCAACCAACAGAUAACAGCUUCUUCCACCCACCGCGCCCUCUUUGGCUUGCAGAAGUGGUACCCAUACUUUGCACGGCUCAACAAGAAGGGCCUGGUCAAUGCCUGGACUGCUGCCGAAAAUGACAGAUGGCCGUGGAUCCAGAUAAACCUCCAAAGAAGAAUGAGGGUCACAGGCGUAAUUACCCAAGGUGCAAAGCGUAUCGGCAGUCCAGAAUAUGUCAAGUCUUAUAAAGUCGCCUACAGUGAUGAUGGGAAGACCUGGAGAACAUAUAGAGUCAAGGGCAAGGAUGAUGACAUGAUUUUCAGAGGCAAUGUUGAUAACAAUGCUCCAUCAGCCAACUCUUUCACACCUCCCAUUGAAGCCCAGUAUGUGAGAAUUUACCCCCAAGUCUGCAGGAGGCACUGUACUUUACGGAUGGAGCUUCUUGGUUGUGAGCUUACAGGCUGCUCUGAACCUCUGGGGAUGAAGUCAGGUCAUAUCCAGGAUUAUCAGGUGACAGCCUCCAGCAUUUUCAGAACGCUCAACAUGGACAUGUUCACUUGGGAGCCUGGGAAGGCCCGUUUGGAUAAACAGGGGAAGGUCAAUGCUUGGACAGCUGGACACAGUGACCAAUCACAGUGGCUUCAGGUGGAUUUGCUUGUGCCAACCAAGGUAACUGGUAUCAUCACCCAGGGAGCCAAAGACUUCGGCCAUGUCCAGUUUGUUGGCUCGUACAAAAUUGCCUACAGUAACGAUGGAGAGCGGUGGAAUGUGUAUCAAGAUGAGAAACAAGGGAAAGACAAGGUGUUCCAGGGGAACUUUGACAACGACACACACAGAAAGAACGUGAUAGAUCCACCCAUCUAUGCUCGGCUGGUUCGAAUCUUGCCUUGGUCGUGGUACGGCAGAAUCACUUUGCGCGCAGAAAUACUGGGAUGCACUGAGGAGGAGUGACGCCGCUGUCUCCAUCCCUCUGCCCACCGUUCCCAGUCCCUUUGGCAUAUUGAAGAUCAUGUGGUACUUCAGAGAGAAACUGUUUAACCUGUAAAAAGAAAUCGAUUUCCAAUGGAUUUUUCAAGAUAAGCAUUGAGUUGUGGUGGGUUACUGAUUUUUUUUUUUUUUUUGUACAAUAAUUUAAAACUAGCCCCCCGCUUCACUUUUUGUCUUUCAGCUUCUUAUUGAAAGUGUGAUCUCUGUCUUUUUAUUCUCAAGAUUUGCCAUCCUGUUUGGAAUGAACUUCUACUGCAUAAUAUAAAUAAAUAUGAGUGGGGGCAGAGGAGGGUUUGGAGUCUGAGAGAAAGAGGGGGGGUUCUUUCCGUGGUUUGAUCUUGUUUCCAUGGAAGCUGUUGUACAGUGUCACUUUUUAACAAAGAUGUGAAAUCUGUCUGUUGUGCUUCGCUUCACUGGACAUAAUUAACCAGCUUCAUCUCAAAACUGAAAUGUCUGAGGUAUCAUGUACAGACAACAUUGUUCGACAUAUUAAGAAAUAUGUUUUUGAGUUGAUUACUUCACCUCCCCUUAAGCCAUGCAUUUACCCUAAGAGACACUGGCAUUGCUCUCAUCAAUCAAAACAAUAUUAUUACUCUUGUGUCACAUGUAAUAGGAACUGCAUGGUGCGUGAAUUAUAAAUGUAUAUAAUGACAAAUCAUUUUAAAAAUCAUCAUCCCUGAGAACUGAGGGCUUUGAUUUGGAGUCCUGUUUUCCUGUGCAUUUCUGAAAUCAUGCUCAAACAUUACACUAAAAUGCAAACGCUUGCUAAAAGUGACUGAAAUGUGAGAUAGAAAAGCACUGCAGCGAAAACUGCCCAUCACAUCUAGCUGGUUGUUUUCUUGCCUGCACGAGGAUAUCACUCCGAAUUCUUUUUUACAGUUUUCUUUGUGCCGCUGCUAUUUUCACAUUCAUUUUUGUUCCUUUCUUUUUUGUGUGUCUGAUGUUCGAUUCAUGAAGUUUGCAUUCGAUGUCUGUCCUCGUGUCAUCUCAGAGAGAAAAGUUAAAUCACUAAAAGAAAAAGAAGAACUCAGGACAGAUUCAGUUCAUAUUCUAAUUGUCAUUGUCAGCCUCAUGUUCGUCAAAGUUUUAGAAACAAAAAAAGCACUUGUUUGAUUCUGCAUAUGUGCUUUUUUUUUUAAACUUUGAAAAUAGAUAAACUGCGACAUAAAAAAAAAACUUUUUUGUUCAACAAAAGGUCUAAAUUAAUGUGUAUAUAUAUGUCCUCUUAAACCUUUAUUUAAAAUUAACAUGGCAACAAUACGAAGUUUACAUUUAUUUUUCAAGGUUUCCAAUUAACCUUCUGAAUAAAGACAGAGAAGUAAUUAAAUGUUUGAGAGCCUGUGGUUGUUUUUCACACAAAAUGAUCACAGCUGUCUGCACUUUAAACGGCUGCAGGAAGCCGGGAAAUUUCAGAAACACAUGAUACUCUGAAGGGACUGUUACACUAGUCACAUCAAAACAUUUUGUCCAUGCAGUUUCGCUGCAAACAUUUAACUGUUGGCUGCAUCAAGUAAUGCUAAAUUAAAAAAAAACAAAAAAAGCAAAUGAAUAAAAUGUUUACAGGCCACUCAUCUGUUCCUAAAAACAAACCGUAGUGGUUUGCUCUCCUAAAGCUCUGCAAUGUAACAAUAACUGACAGUUACAGCAUUUAUAGUUUUCAAUUUCUGGACAAAUCAUGUCACACAUCCAGAACAUAAUUUAUUUGCAGUUAAACUGCAAACUUGUCCAAAAAUAAUCCAAUAGUAGAGAAAAAAAUUGAAAUAUCAGGAUUGUCCAGUAGUUUGCACAGGUUUUAGUGUCACUGUACCACUUAUAAUCACACCUGCAAGUAUAUGUGGGCAUUGAACUGCCAGAAAAAAGUGAGGACCUUGAAAAGAACAGGAAGUGACCGUAACCAUGGCUUUGGUUUUGGCAAACUGUAUUGUGAUGCCCAAUAUGGCUACUAUAUAUGACAUACUUGUAAACUGUAAUGGUCCUGUUGUGUUUUAAGAUAGGAAUUCUUUCCUUAAGUGUGAGUUACAUUGAAAGCCUUUGCUCAAGAUUAUAUGAGUCUCCUUCUUGUUGUGAAUCGGUGACUUUCACUCAUUUGUUUGUGGGCACAGAAUAAAUAGAAAUAUAUCUAACAGAUUUUUUUUUUAUUAUAAAAUUGGACUCUUUGCUUUAUUGCUCGUAUUGGCCAGCAUUUGCUCUGACUGAGCUUUGUAGUUGGCUUCCUGUGGGUAUUUUUUAUGGAGCAGGGCUACUGCAGAGCUCUGAGGAAGUUUGCAUGAUACAUGAGUUUGAACAGUGCGUUGUAACAAAGAUAUCCACAGGCACAUUGUUCCUGCAUAUCAUGACGAUCUAAUCCUUUUGGAUUGGUACCCUCCAUCGGCUGUCAUGUGCACUGUAAAACUUCACCUCCAGAUCUAAAAGGGGUUUUAAAAAAAAUAGAAGAUGAAAAAACGCAGUGGAAAGCCAUGGUGUCUUUGUGUUUGUGUGUCGACUGUUCACACUAUAUUUCUUUCUGCCAUCGCCGGAGUGUCAACCGCUGUCUAGAAAUCACAGCUCGCGUAAUACUGGUUAAAGUCAAGCCUGCAGAGGAGGGUGAGGAACUGUGUACAGUUCAACAUUGCUUUAAAGAAAAGCUCUUUGAGUUUGACACAUAAAUACAUAUCUGUGAAAACGG